CAACAGAGUUUAGUUUAAAGCGAAUAGGCGACUAAGAAAGUACUAUUACUGAGAAGAAUAAAUAAAAAACCUAAAAUAAUGUAUACUAAAGCCAUAAUUGCCACUGUAUUGGUGGCCUUUGUCUGUGUCCAAUUUGCCGAUUCUCUGAAGUGUUACACCUGCGUAACACCCAAGGAUUGCAAGAGUCCCAAGAAAGUUACCUGUACCAAUGCGGCCGCCAAUGAGACCAGUAAUUACCUGAGCGUCUAUCAUCAGGGAGUGCGGAACCUAACCAGCACUCGAUUUGACUGUCUGGCCCUCAAGUACACUUGGAACAACGACGUGAUCCAUCAGCUGCAUGGCUGCAUUCAUCCUAAUGUUGGAGCCUGCAGUUUGGCCCUAAAGCCGGCCUAUUCCCAUUAUAAUAAGACCUACUGCACCGUCUGUUCGGGCGAUAAGUGCAACAAGAAUCCGGCUGGAAAAAUGAGCAGCAGCACCAUCACCAUUGCGGCCAGUGUUGUGGGUCUUUUGCUGGCCAAGAUCUUUGCCUAGGGCGCAACUAUUAAUAUAGAUGAGUUAAGAACAUCAGACCAUGAUACCAUGCCAUAAUAAAUUAUUUCUUUUUCCAAUA